AUGUCUUCAAUCAAAGACAAAGCAAUAGAAGAAGCUAGAGAUCAAUUGGAUUCUAUUAUAUUUGAAUAUAAUUCGAAGAAAAUCAUCAAUUAUUUUGCUGGUCGAAAUUCUAAAGUCAUUCAUGGAUUAAUUAAAAUGGUUCGAUGGAAUACACAUGAAAAGUAUCAUUUUAUUGAAGAACUUCAAUCCAAUAAAGAAUAUUACAGAAAUUAUCCAUUAAUGACUGACAAAAUCUUUCUAAUAUCAAAAAAUGACACCGAAGAAGAUUAUAUGAAAUUUCUAUUGAGAAGCCUUAAUGAAUUUUUAGUAGCUCGUGAUCAAAUAUUUGGAAAUUAA